CAGCUUAGGCGACAUGGAUGAAUUGUGUUGGAGGGUUCUUUCUGUACCGAAUAAUUAUAAUUCUAGUGCUACGAUAGUAACACUCGUCACCUCCCUCCUCAACACUUCCCAAUCAGUGGGGACUAGAGAGAGCAGCCCUUUGGAAUGUUCACAAUGUGUUUUUAGAAAUUCACAGCUCCCCCUCCCACGUCCCAUCUCCAUGCUGGGAACAACGUCCGCGGUGUCUCAGUUCUUCUGGCGGUCUAAUCGGCGAAGCGGAGUGCUCUCUGGUCUGUCUCCCAACUUUAUCCCGUACUCUCCCCGCAGCGGAAUGUGACAGGGAGGAAAAGCGAGUUCAGGUCGCCUUGGCAACGGGUGGCAAAGCCGGCUCGGAGCUUUAAAGCGGCCCGAGGACAGCGUGCAGUCGUGCUGGAGAUGAACGGGAGCCAGAGAUGGAACUCCUCGCAGAGCUGGGAACUGAGACCCGAGAGUGUGAUCGUCCCCUGUGUCUUCUGCGUGAUCUUCCUGCUUGGCACUCUGGGCAACAGCCUGGUUCUAGCCGUCCUGCUUCGGAACGGCCCCAUGAACUGUAACAGCACUAACCUGUUUAUACUGAACCUGGCUCUGGCCGAUCUCUGCUUCAUCCUCUGCUGCGUGCCCUUCCAGGCCACCAUAUACACGCUGGACUCCUGGGUCUUCGGCUCCUUCAUGUGUAAAGCUGUACACUUCUUUAUCUACCUGACUGUGUACGCCAGCAGCUUCACUCUGGCCGCAGUCUCCGUGGACAGGUACCUGGCCAUUCGAUACCCACUGAGAUCCCGAGAACUGCGCACUCCCCGAAAUGCCACAAUCACCAUCUGCAUCAUCUGGGCGAUCUCAUUUGUCUUUGCAGGUCCCUACCUCAGCUACUACCAAGUCAUCCAUUACAGAGACCUCACUCUCUGCUUCCCAGUCUGGGGCGAUUACAGUCGCAAAGUUAUGGACAUUGCUACCUUCCUCUGUGGAUAUAUCAUUCCAGUGCUGAUCCUGAGCUUAGCAUACACCAGGACCAUCCGCUACCUCUGGACAUCUGUAGAACCUAUAGAAAACAUGUCUGAGUCUAAGAAAGCCAAGCGCAAAGUCACCAAGAUGAUCAUCAUUGUGGCUGUUCUCUUCUGCCUUUGUUGGCUUCCCCACUACUUAGUUAUUUUAUGUUUCUGGUUUGGCCACUUCCCACUUAACCAAGCCACCUAUGUUUUCAGACUUUUGUCACACUGUAUGUCCUAUGCUAACUCCUGCCUCAACCCUAUUGUCUACGCCCUGGUCUCCAAACACUUCCGCAAGGGCUUCAAGAAACUUUUCAACUGCUUGCUGAGGAAAAAGGUUGUCAAUAAAGUUCAUGUUGUUCAGAUGGUCCACACAGAGGCAGGGACCACUGAGGCAUCUCACAUGAGUGAGCAGAACAACCAGGCCACCAGCCCGGAGUGGAGCCAGCCAGGGCCUACAGAUGAAGCAAUGCUGCCAGGAACUUUCAUGGCAUUAAACGUUACCUAA